GAAUCCUAUCACCUGUGACCAUCAUUUUCACCUAAAUAUGCUCUUUUCCUAAUGCAUUUCUAGUAAUUGACAAAAUACUUGACUAUCUACACUUGAUGUUACCUGCAUCUCUAAAAACAUUUAAAAACAAAAGUUCACUACAUUUAGAAGUGAUUCUUGUCUCUAAUCUUGCAUAUUAGAGAAAAUAAUCAAUCUGAGUUUUCAUGUGAUUAGUGGCUGCAUCUUUGCAGGUGCCUUUUUCUAUAUCAAAACUAAUAGCUUCUGGACUUGGGGCAUCUGUUCCAACUGAGCAAUUGUUCAGAAGACUUAUAAUCACACUUUUGAUACCCUUGAUUUUGGGGAAGGUAACACAUUUUAUUGAUUUCAGAAUCAUGGAUUGAUGGUUACCUUACCCUAUGCUUCUUACUUUUUUUUGUUUCUCAUCCAAAGAAUUAAUGUGGAUUGCAUCUGUUUGUUACAUGAUGGUUAAGCCUGAAGCUUUUCUUGUAGCUGUGAUGAUGGGAGCGCUGCUUCACCUGAUACUAUUAGGUUUCAAUGCCACAUCAAUUCAUUGCCUAUGUGAUGUAUCUGGUGGUAGCAAAUCAAUCUUUGCAAAAAAGAAAAAUUCUACUGCCCUCUUACUUAUUGCAAGUCAGAAAGCUUUGCCAGUGCUGGUUGCGGUGGUGGAUCAACUUGGUGGUACAUUUGGUGAACCAGGAUUACUAAUCAUCCCCUGUGUCGCAGCACAUUUAAACCAGAUCAUCAUGGACUCUUUUCUCAUAACCUUUUGGAACAAAAAAGAUCAGUCGCUUGCCAAUACCUAGCUGUUACACGACCAAUCACCAAGAUGGAUCAUUUUCAGUGGGUCAAUAAAGCUGGAAGGAAACACAUGAAAUACUCGUGCAUAUUAUUAUUAUUAUUAUUAAAUCCCUUAAAACAAUUUCAAUGCAAAUAUAUCGUACAGUAAUUAUCUUUGAUUUACUGAAAAAAAGAUUCAAUUUAUUGAGCAUAUCAUGGGUACAUAAUCCGAAAUUCUUUUUAGGUAUUUCUCAUUCUAACAUGCUCCAACUCCAGGAAAAAAAAAACAAAAAACAUAAAGAAAAUGGAGAAAAUACAUGGGAAAUAAACAGGUCAACAAUGAAUGCG